GUUUGCUCCUCCCACGUGUGAUACAGGAGCAGCUCUCCGUCGCAUGUGGUUCAACUUUGAGCCAUGACUUUAGAAGAAUGAAACAUUAAAAACAAGGCUUCGUGAUCCUCCAACAUGUUGUUCUCUAAAGAAGUGCCAUGGAGGCGCUUAGAUGGCAUGUCGUUCGGCAUGUACUCCGCCGAGGAGAUCAGGAAGUUAAGCGUGAAGAACAUCACCAGCUCCAGAUUCCUGGAUGCAGUUGGGAAUGUGGCUCCAAACAGUCUUUAUGAUCUGGCCCUGGGACCUGCAGACAACAAAGAGGUGUGUUCAACGUGCUGUCAGGACUUCAACAGCUGUCCAGGACACUUUGGGCAUGUAGAGCUACCACUUCCUGUAUACAACCCGCUGCUGUUUGAUAAACUCUACCUGCUGAUUCGUGGUUCCUGUCUGUCGUGUCACGUGUUGACCUGUCCCCGAGGUGCCAUCCACCUGCUGGUGAAUCAGCUGAAGCUGCUGGACCAUGGAGCCAUGCAGGAGGUCUACCAAGCAGAUCAAGUCCUUAACCAGCACUUAGAGGAGAACCCCAAAGCUACUGGAGAUGAGAUCGAGAAGGUGCUCAGGGAGUUUACCAACACAGUCAUCGAAGGAAGCACUACAGGUUCCCAAAACACCAAACCGAUUAAACAUCUUGUUGACAAAAAAAACAGUCUUAUAACCGACUUCUGGAGGAUCCACAUGAAAAUUAGGAAGUGUCCUCACUGCAGGGGCGGCAGGUUCACAUUACGUCGUGAACACAACAGUAAGCUGACAGUCACUCUGCCGUCAGCCCCAAAGACCGGAGACAACACUGAUGAGGAUCUGAUGACUGGAAAGAGAGUCUACCUGACAGCUAGUACUGCACGGGAACACACCAACAAACUGUGGGCGAAAGAAGGUGUCUUCUUGAAGUGUCUGUUCCCCGGGCUGGAGGGGGAGGUGGUUUCACAGGACAGGGAGAAUGGUUUCUACCCAGAUGUCUUCUUCCUGGAGCUGCUGGCAGUCCCACCGUGCAGAUAUCGUCCAAUCAAUCGGCUGGGUGACCAGAUGUUUACAAACGGCCAGACAGUCAACAUGCAGGCCGUCAUGAAGGACUGUGAGAGCAUCAGGAAGCUUCUGGCUCUCAUGGCGGGGGAGAAUACUACACCGGAGGAGGAGGCUCCAGAACACACGGACCAAACCUUUCUGGCAGGUAUCCCCGGGCAGACGUUGACAGAUAAACUCUACAACAUUUGGGUUCGACUACAGACGCACGUGAACAUCGUGUUCGACAGCGACAUGGACAAACUGAUGACUGAGAAAUACCCAGGAAUACGACAGAUCCUGGAGAAGAAGGACGGAUUGUUCCGGAAACACAUGAUGGGAAAACGAGUGGACUAUGCGGCACGUUCUGUCAUCUGUCCUGACAUGUACAUUGAGACAAAUGAGAUAGGAAUACCGAUGGUGUUUGCCACAAAGCUGACCUAUCCUCAACCCGUCACACCCUGGAACGUGAAGGAGCUCCGUCAGGCGGUCAUCAACGGACCCAACGUCCACCCCGGUGCUUCCAUGGUGGUGAACGAAGACGGCAGGAAGACAAUCCUGUCACCCGCAAACCUUGCACAGAGAGAGGCUGUGGCCAAGCAGCUGCUGACGCCCUGUCCCGGUCCACACAAGAUGCCCAUGAAGAUCGUGAAUCGUCACAUAAAGAACGGAGACGUGUUGUUACUGAACAGACAGCCAACCCUGCACAGACCCUCCAUACAAGCCCACUGUGCAAGGAUCCUACCUGGAGAGAAGGUACUGAGACUCCACUACGCCAACUGUAAGGCCUACAAUGCUGACUUUGAUGGAGACGAGAUGAACGCACACUUCCCUCAGAGCGAGCUGGGCAGAGCGGAGGCCUACACGUUGGUUAGCACCAACCAGCAGUACCUCGUCCCAAAGGAUGGGAAACCUUUAGCAGGUCUGAUCCAGGACCACAUGGUGUCAGGCACCAGGAUGACGAUCCGCGGCUGUUUCUUCACCAGAGCGCAGUACACAGAGCUGGUGUACAGAGGACUGACAGAUAAACCGGGCCGGGUCAAGCUGCUGCCGCCGGCCAUCCUCAAACCACAGCCGCUGUGGACAGGGAAGCAGGUGGUGUCGACGCUGCUGCUGAAUGUACUCCCGGAGAACGCUGUUCCCCUCAACCUGGUCGGCAAGUCCAAAAUCCCCAGCAAAGCCUGGAUCCAAGUCCCGCCCCGAUCUGCCCCGGGGUACAGGCCUGACAGCAUGUGUGACUCACAGGUGGUGAUCCGUCAUGGCGAGCUGUUGGUGGGGGUUCUGGACAAAGCUCACUACGGCUCCUCGGCCUACGGUCUGGUGCACUGCUGCUACGAGCUGUACGGAGGAGAGACCAGCGGCAAGCUGCUCAGCUGCCUGGCUCGCCUCUUCACGGCCUACCUGCAGCUUUACCGAGGCUUCACUCUGGGUGUGGAAGACAUUCUGGUGAGACCGGGCGCCAACAAGAGGAGAAGGAAGAUCAUAAAGGAGUCACUGAAGAUCGGCACCAAGGCCCUCCAGGCAGCUUUCAACCUGCCCCCCACUGUGGAUCAAGCUGAGGCCAGGAGCCGCUGGCAGGACGCUCACCUCAGCCCGGACCAGAAAGACUUCAGCAUGGCCGACCACAAGUUCAAAGAGCUGGCCAACCAAGUGAACAACGAGAUCAACAAGGUGUGCAUGCCCCUCGGACUCCACACCUCAUUCCCAGACAACAACCUGCAGCUGAUGGUCCAAUCAGGAGCCAAGGGGUCAACUGUAAACACCAUGCAGAUUUCAUGCCUGCUGGGUCAAAUCGAGUUGGAGGGUCGUAGACCUCCUCUGAUGCCUUCUGGGAAAUCUUUGCCCUGCUUCCAGCCAUACGACCCUUCACCCGGGGCAGGGGGCUUUGUUUCAGGACGGUUCCUCACAGGCAUCAAACCUCAGGAGUUCUUCUUCCAUUGUAUGGCGGGAAGAGAGGGAUUGGUGGACACAGCUGUGAAGACCUCAAGAUCAGGAUACUUACAGAGAUGUGUCAUAAAGCACCUGGAGGGUCUGGUGGUUCAGUAUGAUCUGACGGUGAGGGACAGCGAUGGAUCUGUGGUCCAGUUCCUGUACGGUGAAGAUGGGCUGGAUAUACCUAAGACCCAGUUCCUGCAGCAGAGACAGUUUCCCUUCAUCGAGGACAACUACGAGGUGAUCAAGAGGUCGCAGGGCCUGGACAGCUUUCUGUCACGUUUGGAUCCUCAGUCUGCCGCUCAACACUUUGAAGCCAUCCAGCGCUGGAGAGCAAAGAGAGACACAGAAGGUCCAUGGAGAGGGGCGUUCCUGCUGUUCUCCAAGAAGAAGUUGGCUCAAAUGAAAAAGAGUGAGCAAGGUGCCGGCAGCAGAUAUGCUGCUUCACUGCAGGUCAAGCAGCAGUGGCGCUCUCUAGAAGAAUCCAGCAAAUCCAAGUACAGCCGGAAGACCACCCGCUGCCCCGAGCCCUCUCUGAGCGUGUUGAGGCCAGACGUCUGCUUUGGAUCAGUGUCGGAGAACUUUCACGAAAUGACGGAGAAAUAUCUGCAGAACAGAGCAGGGGCAAGUCAAGACAACCUGGAUGCCCACAGCCUUCGUCAGCUGCUGCACUAUAAGUGGCAGCGCUCGCUGUGUGAUCCAGGAGAGGCUGUGGGUCUGCUGGCUGCUCAGUCCAUCGGUGAGCCCUCCACUCAGAUGACCCUCAACACCUUCCACUUCGCUGGCAGAGGAGAGAUGAACGUCACUUUGGGAAUACCUCGACUGAGAGAGAUCCUGAUGGUGGCCAGCUCCAACAUUAAAACUCCCAUGAUGAGCGUUCCAGUGCUGAACAAUAAAAAAGCUCUGAAGAGAGCCAAGACGCUUCGAAAGCAGCUCACCAGAGUCUGUCUGUCUGAGGUGCUGCAGAAGGUGGAUGUGGUGGAGACUUUGCAGAUUGAGAAUUACUCAAAGUUGCGGAAGUUUAGAGUCACCUUCAAGUUUUUGCCUCCUGACCGUUACAGUGAUGAUAAACUGCUGACACCUCAGCAAAUCCUCCAAUACAUGGAAACCAGGUUUUUCCGUCUCCUCCUUGAAGCCAUUAAGAAGCGCAGUGCCAAGCUGGCCUCCAUGGCCGUUGAAACGAGAAGGGCCACCUUCCGAGAUCAGGACGACAAUGGUGACACAACAGCUGGCGGAGCAGGGUUGGACGACGGAGAAGGAGAAGAGGUGAGAGAGAUCGUGGAUGAUCAGGGGGACGAAGGAGACGCAGACGCUUCAGAUGCCAAGCGCAAAGACAAACAGGAAGAGGAGGUGGACUAUGAGAGUGAGGAGGAGGAUGAUGGAGGUGAUGAAGGGGAAGAUAAUGAAGACCAGGGGGAUGUUGAGCAUGAGGAUGAAGAGGGCUCUCUGGAGGAGUUCCAGCCACUGUUGACCGGACAGACACUUCUGAGGAAGAAGAAACAACCAAAGAGAACAGGAGGAAAGCGAGGAAAGGAGGACGCAUAUCAGAUAAGAGUGAACUGUGUUCUGCAGUCCAACUCGGCCAUAGAGAGAUACUCCUACGACGUCCUGCAGGAACUCUGGUGUGAGGUUGAUCUGGUCCUGCCAGUGAGCAAGGUUCACUUUGACCUAACCUCGGUCCUGUCAACACUGGCCCAGAACGCAGUCAUUAUGGAGACCAGAGGCCUGACGCGCUGCCUCCUGAGUGAAGUCACCACAAAGACCGGGGAGAAAGAGACGGUUCUCAACACGGAGGGCAUCAACAUGCAAGAGCUGUUCACACACAGUGAUAUCUUGGACAUCAACAGAUUGUACUCGAAUGAGGUCCAUGCCAUGGCUAAGACCUACGGGAUAGAGGUGGCUCUGAAAGUCAUAGAGAAGGAGAUCAAAGAUGUCUUUGCUGUCUAUGGUAUCGAGGUGGACCCAAGGCAUCUGUCCCUGGUAGCAGACUACAUGUGUUUUGAAGGUGUUUAUAAGCCCUUAAACCGACAUGCCAUCCAGUCCAACUCUUCCCCUCUGCAGCAGAUGACCUUUGAGACCAGCUACAAAUUCCUUAAACAGGCCACUAUGCUUGGUUCACACGACCAGCUGGUGUCCCCCUCAGCCUGCAUUGUAGUAGGCAAGGUAGUCAAAGGUGGAACUGGACUUUUUGAUCUGAAGCAACCUCUGCAGUAGGAGAGGAGACACUGCCGACUGCAGUAAUCAUUGUUUGGGUUUGAACCCGAGAACAAGGAACUAUCACAUGGUCUAAUGUAAUUAUUCUGCUAUUUUCUGUCUGUAUUUUAUAAUAAAGUCAAAACUGUCUC